AUGAGCGCCCAAAUAUCUUUCCUGGACGGGACAUACACCUUGAUCCACAUCCCUCUCGACCUGUACACCACAUUUCUUCAGCCCAUUCUUCGAGUCCUCCUACCCCAGACAGCGCGCCUUCGUCUUGGUGCCGACUUCAAACCCGGUGUUGACAAGCUUGAUGGUCUCUCAGAGGAAAAUCAGCAUGUUUUCUUGAACGUUAGCGUCACGCCGCUGGAGGCCUCUAUUGUGUGCCACACAGCAUGGGCAAAGGAUGUCUUUGAACCCGUCAUCAACUCUUUGCCGGCGCAAAAAGCCAAGACGGUAUCGGUGUUUGCCGACUCAUACAUGGUUCUGUCCGUCAUUGGUGCCGGUCUAGAUGCUGCCACAAGGGUACUGGAGUUCAGCUCUCCGCUUGCGUUGGCCGGUAUUCCCAUCUUCUUCAUCACAACAUACUACUCAGACUUUAUUCUGGCGCCAGCUCGAGAACGACAAAAUGUCGUGGCAGCCCUUUGUGAGAAGGGCUUUGAAAUGACCGAGAGCCAGUCCAACUCUGUCACAUCCCCCACAUAUAGUCGCAAGAAUUCAGAGAGCCAUCACUCCGUGUCUCGGCCAGGCACCCCGCCUCCGUCAACCGACGAUGAGCUGCAACUGCGGACGUUUGAGCUUCUGCACACGCGCAACGUUUCUCCGUACGUGGACGGGGAUCUUGAGUUGGUUCAAUGCUCCGGGCGAGAAAUCUCCCAGCUAGCUGACGCGUAUGGACACCGGCCGUCCAUUAGCCGUCACGCUGCGACAAACGACCGAAAGUCGUGGAUUGAGAAUGUUGACACAAAACUCUACGCAUCCCUAAUAUCGGUUCUCGUCUCGCGACCGCGGUUCAUAUCCAUCACUCUGGCUCAUGAGGAUCCACCAUCGCUUUUGAUGGACAAGAAUCUCCUGGGGCUCUUCAGCGACUCGCUCGUCGGCGACAUGGACAACAUUCUCAUCCCCAUCUUUCUUGAUCUUGUCAACCUACCAUCCGAAAUCACUGGCAUCGUGUGCGGAGUGUCUGGUCGUCUAGUCGAUGAAAUGAGAAUGACGGCCACGUCUGAGCUGUCGUACCUAUCCACAGCGCGCGCAGGCGUGGUCAUCCUGCCGGAGGAGCAGUCCACGCGCGCACUAGCUAUUCUAAAACCACUGCUGCAAAGGGAUGAGUAG